CACAAAACCUUAUCAGGAAAAACACAAAGUGUGGCAUGUGGUUGGACGCAGACGAUUAUCGACUUAGGGUAUAGACCAUAUUCAUCUGAGACACAGCACUAAAUCUUGGAACAACAAAACCAUGGCAGCCCUAAGUUACCAUUUUCAAUUCACGCUUCAAAAGAGUUCCAAAAAUGUCAAAACUAAGCCUUUUAUCUCUUGUUCAACUCAGCCUGCUCAGAACAAUAUUAAGGUAGUUAUAAUUGGAGCAGCAAAAGAAAUAGGAAUGGCUGCAGUUGUUGCAGUGACUAAAGCUAGAGGGAUGGAGGUGGCGGGUGCAGUGGAUACCCAUUUUAUAGGGGAAGAUAUUGGAAAGCUUUGUGACAUGGAAGAGCCACUGGAAAUACCCAUCAUGAAUGACCUCACUAUGGUUUUAGGUUCCAUAUCUCAGUCGAAAGAAACAGGGGUAGUCAUUGAUUUCACUGAUCCUACUACAGUUUAUGACAAUGUGAAACAGGCAACAGCAUUUGGCAUGAAAAGUGUUGUCUAUGUGCCUCGAAUUAAACUAGACACAAUUGCCGCACUUUCUGCACUAUGUGAGAAGGCCAGCAUGGGUUGUCUGAUUGCACCAACCCUAUCCAUAGGAUCUAUACUCCUCCAGCAAGCUGCCAUUUCAGCUUCUUUCCACUACAACAACGUAGAAAUUGUGGAAUCAAAGGCACAAGCAGCAGAUCUUCCAUCAGCGGAUGCAUCCCAAAUUGCAAAGAACCUCUCCAAUCUGGGUCAGCUCUACAACAGGGAAGAUUUAUCAACAGAUGUUUUGGCCAGAGGCCAAGUUUUGGGAGAAGAUGGUGUUAGGGUGCAUAGCUUAGUCCUACCUGGACUACCCUCCAGCACAACAGUUUACUUCUCUGGCCCGGGAGAGGUUUACUCUAUCAAACAUGAUAUCACAGAUGUGCAAUGCCUCAUGCCUGGUCUACUCUUGGCUAUUAGAAAGGUCAUUCGUCUUAAGCAGAAUCUGGUGUUUGGCUUGGAAAAGUUUUUGUAAGAAGCCAAGUGUUCUUGAAUCUCAGUGCGGAACCUAAUCCACAGCAUGGUCAGAUUUAAUGAAGAAAGCACAUAAUCAUGCAGAUAAAUAUUUGACCAAGGAAGUUUUAAGUGGCAAAUCAGAUUACAAAAAAGAUGUUGCAAACCUUUUAAGUAGAGACACUCACAUUUAAUUAUUUUUCCUUUACCUCAAAAUGAAAUUGAAUGAACCUAUGGGAGAAUUCAAAGUUUUGGA